AUGGAGCUCUCUUUACUCCACAUACUUCCAUGGGCCACCCUCUUCACCACUCUUUCUCUUUCAUUCCUCAUCUACAAGCUCAUGAUCAUCUCCCAUGGCACACCCAGAAACCUUCCGUCCGGCAAUACCGGUCUGCCCUAUAUCGGAGAAAGCAUCCAGUUCCUCUCCAAUGGCAGAAAGGGUCAUCCCGAGAAGUUCAUUUCUGAGAGAAUGUUGAAGUUCUCAUCCAAAGUUUUCAAGACCUCACUCUUCGGAGAAACUGCUGCAGUCUUCUGUGGCUCGGCCGGGAACAAGUUCUUGUUCUCCAACGAGAACAAGCUUGUGACCGCAUGGUGGCCGAGCUCCGUAAACAAAAUCUUCCCUUCCUCUCUGCAAACCUCCUCGCAGGAAGAAUCAAAGAAAAUGAGAAAGCUGCUUCCGGGCUUUCUCAAACCCGAAGCCCUCCAAAGAUAUAUCAGUAUCAUGGACGUGAUAGCUCAGAGGCACUUUGAGUCCAGCUGGAACAACAAGGAAGAAGUCACAGUCUUCCCGCUAGCCAAGAUGUUCACAUUCUGGCUGGCUUGUCGUCUGUUUUUGAGCGUAGAAGACCCCGACCAUGUCGAAAAGCUUGCAGAGCCCUUCAACGAACUGGCCGCCGGAAUCAUAGCCCUACCUAUUGAUUUGCCUGGGACGUCAUUUAACAAGGGGAUCAAAGCUUCAAACCUGGUCAGAAAGGAGCUUCAUGCAAUAAUCAAGAAGAGGAAGAUGAAUCUUGCGGACAACAAGGCGUCGACGACGCAGGACAUAUUGUCACAUAUGCUUCUCACUUGUGAUGAGAAUGGAGAGUACAUGAAUGAAGAGGAUAUAGCUGAUAAAAUUCUUGGGUUGCUCGUCGGAGGUCAUGACACAGCCAGUGCUACCAUUACUUUUAUUGUCAAGUUUCUUGCAGAGCUGCCUCAUGUUUACGAUGAAGUUUUCAAGGAACAAAUGGAGAUAGCAAAAUCAAAGGCCCCAGGUGAGCUGUUGAAUUGGGAGGACAUUCCAAAGAUGAGGUAUUCAUGGAAUGUAGCAUGUGAAGUGAUGAGACUGGCACCACCCGUUCAAGGAGCUUUCCGAGAAGCCAUGAAUGACUUCAUCUUCGAGGGUUUCUCCAUUCCAAAGGGAUGGAAGCUGUACUGGAGCACGCACUCGACCCACCGGAACCCGGAGUUCUUCCCCAAGCCGGAAAAAUUCGACCCCUCGAGGUUUGACGGAAAGGGACCAGCCCCUUACACCUAUGUGCCUUUCGGAGGAGGACCCAGGAUGUGCCCUGGCAAAGAGUAUGCUAGAUUGGAAGUACUAGUGUUCAUGCACAAUUUAGUGAGAAGGUUCAAAUGGGAGAAGCUGCUGCCAGAUGAGAAGAUUAUAGUAGACCCCAUGCCCAUUCCUGCAAAAGGCCUUCCCAUUCGCCUCCAUCAUCACCAACCCUAGACCUAUGUUAUGAACAUCAUAUAUACUCUCUUCAAUGAUAUUGUAGCAUUCAGAAUGUGUCUGUAUGUCUUCUUUCAAU